AUGGCCAACACUACCACCACCGACGACUAUCUCACAACUCCUACAAAAACACCAGCAGGUGAAAAAUCCACAUCCAGGAAGCGUCACUACCACCAAUCCGUGGAUCCAUCAACGGCACGCUCCGCUUCCGAAUUGAAGACCAGAUUCGAGGCCUACAACCGGCUGCAGGCGGCUGCAGUUGCGUUCGGAGAAAAGCUCCCUAUUCCGGAGAUUGUAGCGAUUGGCGGGCAGUCCGAUGGCAAGAGCUCCCUCCUCGAAGCCCUCUUAGGGUUCCGUUUCAAUGUCCGGGAAGUUGAAAUGGGCACCCGACGCCCAUUGAUUCUUCAGAUGGUCCAUGAUCCCACUGCUGCUGAACCUAGAUGCCGCUUUCAGGAUGAGGAUUCAGAAGAAUAUGGGAGUCCUAUUGUAUCAUCCACUGCAAUUGCUGAUAUGAUAAAAUCCCGCACUGAAUCAGUGUUGAAGAAGACAAGAUCUGCAGUUUCGUCCAAGCCCAUUGUGAUGAGAGCAGAAUAUGCACAUUGUCCAAAUCUCACCAUUGUUGACACUCCUGGUUUCAUUCUCAAGUCAAAGAAAGGUGAACCUGAGAAUACACCGGAUGAAAUUUUGUCAAUGGUCAAGUCCUUAGCUAGUCCGCCACAUCGCAUUCUUUUGUUUCUCCAACAGAGUAGCGUUGAGUGGUGCUCAUCAUUGUGGUUGGACUCCAUUCGUGAAAUUGAUCCGGCAUUAAAACGGACAAUCAUUGUUGUCUCCAAAUUUGAUAACCGGCUCAAGGAGUUCAAUGACCGUUGGGAAGUGGAUCGCUAUUUUGGUGCAAGUGGAUACCUUGGAGAGAACACACAGCCGUUUUUUGUGGCCCUGCCAAAAGACAGGAGCACAGUUCCCAAUGAAGAGUUCCGUAGGCAAAUAUCUCAGGUAGAUGCAGAAGUAUUACACUAUCUGCGUGACAGUGUCAAAGGGGGGUUUAAUGAGGAGAAGUACAAAUCCUACGUUGGUUUUGGUUGCCUCAGAGAUUAUUUGGAAUCUGAGCUUCAAAAGAAAUACAAAGAAGCUGCUCCAGCCACACUAUCCUUGCUGGAGCGGCGCUAUUCUGAAGUCACAACUGAUUUAGACAGAAUAGAGACUAAAAUACAGGCAACUUCCAACGUUGCUCAUCUUCGGAGAUCUGCCAUGUUGCAUGCUGCUUCUAUUUGCAAUCAUCUGGGAGCAGUUCUUGAUGGAGCUGCUGAUCCUGCACCGGAGCAAUGGGGGAAAACAACUGAUGAUGAAAAAUCGGAGAGUGGCAUAGGUGGUUGGCCAGGUGUUACAGAAGAUGUAAAACCUCCAAAUGCUACCCUUCGUCUUUAUGGUGGUGCUGCAUUUGAAAGGGUGGUGCAUGAGUUUCGAUGUGCUACAUAUUCCGUGGAAUGCCCUGCUGUAUCAAGGGAAAAGGUAGCAAAUAUUUUACUUGCCCAUGCUGGCCGAGGUGGGAAUAGAGGAGUGGCAGAGGCUGCUGCAGAAAUUGCACGUGCUGCAGCAAGAUCAUGGCUUGCUCCCCUUCUUGACACAGCAUGUGAUCGGCUGUCUUGUGUUUUAGGCAAUCUUUUUGAUAUUGCUGUUGAGAGAGAUCGACAGCAUCCGUCUGUCGGUGGUAAAAAAUCUGGAGAUAUGGAUGGCUAUGUUGGUUUUCAUGCUGCUUUGAGGCACUCCUACAAUUGCUUCAUAAAUGAUCUCGCGGAACAGUGCAAACAAGUAGUUAGGUACCAUCUUGAUUCAGUAACAAGCCCAUAUUCUCAGGUCUGCUAUGAGGACUUCCAGGGGAGUUUUAAUUCUGGUGUAAACUCAAUUCAUCUAUUCAACCAAGCAUCAGCUGGUUCAUUUUGUCUUGAGCUGUCUGAUGGGAGCCGGCCUGCAUUGCGCAAGGAAAUUAUGAAUGACCAAGAAAACAUACCCCCGGAAAAAGAUGAAACCACGCCAGGAAAAGUAGCUGAAGCUAGAGAAGCUCUUAAAGAAUGCCAGAUGACAGUGCCCGAGACCCCAUCGCCUGAUCAGCCAUGUGAUGCAAACUAUCCGGUCAAAAAGGAACUUGGACAUUGCAUUGAAGUUGGAGCAAGAAAACGCCAUUCUAGAAUCACAGGCAAUAACAGAAAUUUGGAUCAUUUGAAGGGCCAACAUGGUGGUAGCCUUUUAUUUGGGACUGGGGAUGCUCCUUCCAGAUCAGGAUCAACUUAUUUGGAGAUAUGUUCAUCAGCUGCACAGCAUUUCGCACGAAUUCGUGAAAUUCUGGUUGAGCGGAGUGUGACAUCAACUUUGAAUUCGGGAUUUCUAACUCCUUGCCGUGAGCAGCUUAUGGUGGCACUUGGAUUGGAUUUAUUUGCUGUGAGUGAUGAGAAAUUCAUGGAGAUGUUUGUUUCACCUGGCACAAUUGAUGCACUUGAGAACGAAAGACUGUCCCUUCAGAGGCGUCAAAAAAUACUGCAUUCAUGCUUGAACGAGUUCAAAAAUGUUGCCAGAUCUCUUUGA